UACUAAAACACAAUGUAGGAUUUUUACUAUGUAUUCAGAUUUAAGGUAUUGGUUUUAAUAACACUGAUGUUUGCGUAGGUGCACUCGGACCUAACUAAAUCCAGAUUUUCCCUCUCUUAUUUGUAGAAACUUGUGGAGGACAUGAUUGUGAAAGGAUAUGAAACAGCAUCUGACUGACUGAGGUCAGGCUCCUAAAGCGAGCAACGGGGGAGCAAGAUGCUAUCACGGCACAGACGAGGCUGAGCAAACCCCCUUCUGCUACAGAGCCACCAGGCUGGAUACCUUUUUCCGGAUACAUUCUCCUGUCUUGAGCUGAGGAACAUGUUUCAGGGCUGACUCUACCAGGUAAACCGCAACAGAGCCUUCUUGGAUUUCAAUGGGCUUUUGAUGCCAUGUCCAGUCUGGUAAAGGAUACACAGGAUUCAUUUUUUUUCCUACAGAGGAGUCUCUCGCACUUCCAAAAGGGUCUAAUUAGGGGUCACAGCCUCUGCGACAUGAAGUAAAAGGAUUCUCCACGCACUGGACUUUGUUCUCUCUGCAUCCUUCUUUUUUUUUUUUUCUUUUUUUUUUAAUGAUCUGAAUGCCUGCCUGCACUGGAGCGCCUCAGCGACUGAGGUCUGUUUUGAAGUGGAGGCGUUUUCUUUCUCGAGGUUUAUUUUGCACCGAACCUUUGAUGGCAUGAACUGUAGACACUGCUACAAAGCAGGAGGUCUGCAGAACAAACAAGAAUCUGUUGGGAAAAUACCAACUGGGUCAGGUUAGAACCAAAGAAACUGCUGAAAGUAUAAGCAAGCUCUCUGGGAGAGAAGAAAGGAGAGCUUAAGGCAUCACUGGAUCUUUGGGUGGAAUCAGAGGAUUAACUGGCUCUUCUAAAUCAGAGAGGAAACCUGAUCCAGAGUCCACAACAAUGGCAUGCCAAUACAAGUCCUUCUUCGUCUUCAUCAUCAGAGCCGGGGCACUCCUGGGGCUGGCCAAUCCAUUGGUGACCUCGGCCUCCUGUCCACAACAGUGUCGGUGUGACAGGACUUUCAUUUAUUGCAACGACCGGGAGCUGACUUCCAUUCCUUCAGGCAUCCCAGAGGAUGCCACCGUCCUCUUUCUGCAAAACAACCGAAUUAAGAGUGCGGGUAUCCCUGCCGAUCUACGGAGGCUCAACAACGUGGAAAAGAUCUACCUGUACUGCAACAACUUGGAUGAGUUUCCUACCAAUCUUCCCGUGAACGUCAAGGAACUUCACUUACAGGAGAACAACAUCCGGACUAUUACCCAUGCCUCUUUGGCACAGAUUCCCUUCAUCGAGGAAUUACACUUAGACGACAAUUCCGUGUCGGCUGUCAGCAUAGAAGAGGGAGCCUUCCGAGACAGCAACUAUUUAAGAUUGCUCUUCCUUUCACGCAAUCACCUCAGCACCAUUCCCAGCGGUUUGCCCAUGAGCAUAGAGGAGCUUCGCUUUGAUGACAACCGCAUUUCAUCCAUUUCUGAGGCAUCACUGCAAGAUCUGAUAAAUCUGAAGCGCCUGGUGCUGGAUGGCAAUCUCCUGAACAACAGGGGCAUUGGGGAAAUGGCCUUUGUGAAUUUAGUCAACUUAACCGAGCUUUCACUGGUACGGAACUCCCUCACAUCUCCACCUGCCAACCUGCCGGGCACCAGCCUUGAGAAAUUACAACUGCAGGACAACCACAUAGACCGGGUACCAGUAGGUUCCUUUGCUUUUCUGCGACAGCUGUACCGCCUGGAUCUGUCAGGCAACAAAUUGAGCAGCCUUCCCAACGCGGUUUUUGAUGACCUAGAUAACCUUACCCAGCUGCUGCUGCGAAACAACCCAUGGCACUGCAAUUGCAGGAUGAAGUGGGUGCGGGACUGGUUGCGCUCACUGCCCUCAAAGGUCAAUGUGCGUGGGUUCAUGUGCCAAGGCCCCGAUAAGGUCAAGGGUAUGGCUAUCAAGGAUCUAUCUACAGAGCUCUUUCAUUGCUCAGAAACAGAGGUCUCCCCUACGUCUGAGACGAGCACAGUCUCCAACACAUUACCACCUUCUCGACCUCAGUGGCCUAUAUAUGUGACUAAAAGACCCGUGGUUAGGGGGCCAGACUUUGGUAAGAACUACCGCAGCACUACGCAGCCAAAUCAUAAGAUUAUCACAAUAAGUGUUAAAUCCAGUACUCCAGACACAGUGCACAUAUCCUGGAGAGUUUCCCAGCCGAUGACUGCGCUGCGGCUCAGCUGGUUAAAACUUGGUCACAGCCCUGCGUUUGGUUCCAUCACUGAGACCAUCGUACAAGGAGACAGGACGGAGUACUUGCUCACAGCUCUGGAGCCUGAAUCUUCUUAUCGGAUAUGCAUGGUUCCUAUGGAAACCAGUAAUAUUUACCUGUCAGAUGAGACACCCGUUUGCAUAGAGACGGAAACAGGCUCCUCAAAAGCGUACAACCCCACUACGACCUUAAACAGGGAGCAGGAGAAGGAGCCUUACAAAAAUUCUAACCUGCCUUUAGCUGCUAUCAUCGGAGGAGCUGUGGCACUUUUGGCCAUCAUCAUGCUAGCACUGGUGUGCUGGUAUGUCCACAGGAAUAGUUCUUUGUUUUCCAGAAAUUGCACUUAUAAUAAAGGACGCAGGAGAAAAGAUGACUACGCAGAGGCUGGAACGAAAAAAGACAACACCAUCUUGGAGAUCCGAGAGACUUCUUUUCAAAUGAUACCCAUUAGUCACCUGCCCGUGACCAAGGAAGAGUUUGUGAUACACACAAUAUUUCCUCCAAACGGUUUAAACCUUUACAAAAGCUCACACAGUGAAAACAGUAUCAACAGAAGCUACAGAGACAGUGGAAUACCAGAUUCCGACCACUCCCAUUCAUGAUAAUGUGUGCAGAUUGAAAAGACAUUUUGUUAUGAAUGAUGGACAUUAGGACUGGCCGGUCUUUUAAAAACACUGGAUUGAAAAGACUGAAGGAGCAAUGUUCUGUACAUUUGCCAUAUAAUUUAUAUUUAAAGACAAGGCUACAGUCGCAGACCGGCGCUGCGUCCUCUGUGUACGCUGUCGACACAUGCGAUUCUAUAUUUUAGAGGUUUGUAGUCAUUUGUACUGUACUUCCUUUGCUUAAGGUUCCAGACCAAUUAAAAAGAAGUAUUUGUGCUCGAUUGAGAUAUGACUUGUCAACUGUGAAAGUGGGUUUUCAUUGCUGUGUUGAACAAUCAGAGUUUAGAACCUUUUAGAAGCACAGGUUAAUAAUUUCCACCACAUCGCUCUCAGAAAAAAAGGCAAAAAAAAGUGGCCAAUGGGGAUAAAGCGCACAGUCAGUUCAACGGGUAGAGGAGCUUUUCGUCUUAUGUGUGUUGGACAAGUAUAGACGUGUUGCAGUAUAAGAAAACCUUGAGAAUUUGUUAGGGAUCUUAGUUGACAUUUCAACAGUGUUUUCAGGCUUUAAGUCUUUGCUAUUUUCAGAGCAUGGCGAUGUUUGGCUUCCUUUGUUCCUGGGAGAGCUAGCAAUACAACUCAGAACCCAGUAACAUGUUGUAUAAAUUAGCUAGUCCGGGACCAACAAAGCACACAAAUAAGCAGAGGUUACUAUUCAUUGCCUCUAGAAUUCACUUCUUCCUCUAACCACACAUUAAGGAAAUCCCUUAACUGUGUACCAAUUGUUCUUCUAAAUGUUGCCUCUGAAGAGGAACACAAUCGAGGCAGUAUGAUUUUAGCUUAGGUUUAAGAAGGUUUGUUUCUUUUCUACUGGAAAUGAGUGUGGGUUAUUUUUGUUUAUAUUAUUAUGAUUAUCUGUAUUUUGUUUUCUAAAUUCCAAGCCACUUUUACAUUGUGACAGCUGAAAGUUUAUUGUUCCUUACAACUGAAGACCAAAGUGCAUAUAUGCCCUUUGGCCAGUCUUGUACGUGCCUUGAUACAAUGCUUAUUGUAUUUAGCUUUUUAAAAAAAAAAUUAAUAAAUGACUUAACUUUUUCAUACACACUUGAAUAUGAUAAACUAUUGGUCAUAUUGCAAAAUAAAAGUGGACAAAAUCAA